CACGGCGCGCUGGAGGUUGAUAUCUCUGCGCUCUGCCCAGCUGCCACCACCGGCAUUGGUUCACCAAACAUACACACGUAGGCGCGUAUUCGACCAACCCCCUUUCCCCCGGCAGCAGACUGGAGAGCCGGCGAACGGCGGGACAGCCAGGCAGCAACGACCCGCUGCUGCAGCUCCGACAGGACGAAAAGGACAGAGGUCUCCACCAAACGAGUUUGGUCUGCAGGGAGCUGUGACACUGUGUUGAGUCCCCUUAUUGUGUGCAGCAGCACCAUGGCAGCUAUGGGACCUGAGGACAGAGCUGAAGCAGGGCCAGGCAGGACGGCAGUCUGCACAUCUACAACGACCCACAACAGCACCGGGCCUGCCAUGCAGCAGAAUCUGGUGUGUUCACAGAGGUGUGCCCAGGCUGAAACAACAUUUGCAGAGAGUGGGCAUCGGAAGAUCAAGACAUCAGUUCACCUGCCGCAGAGGGAGGCUGAGCGAGGCUGGAGCAACAUGGCAGCGCCCCCUCAGACUGUGGGACCCACAACGCACCUCAGCAAUGGGUCAGCUACUAGAGAGGCACCAUAUUGUUUCCGCAGCCCAGAGUCGGUGGAGAUGGACGAGAUCAUGGCGGCCAUGGUUCUGACCAGCCUGUCCUGCAGCCCCGUGGUGCAGAGCCCUCCACAAACAGAUCCUGGACCUGGACCAGCCGGCUCAACAUCGUCAGCUGACAUGGAGUGCGGUGGCGGUGAGCUCUCUGACAGCGGCAGCAGCGGCUACUGGAGCUGGGACCACGGCAAUGUGAGUCCCGCCCCCUCGCCGUCCGUCACUGAGAUAGACAGCAGCCCCGAUGAAGGCCUACAAAUGGAACUGGAGCAGGGAGAGGAGCUUAAUGCCAAAAAGCCAAAGAGCUCUUUCAGAAGUGUGUAUCGGUGUCUGUGGCCCAGUUGUGGCAAGGUGCUCACGUCUUCAGUCGGAAUAAAAAGACACAUCCGUGUGCUGCAUCUGGGCAGUGGGUCAGAUCAGUCCCAGAGAGAAGAAGACUUCUACUACACCAAGUUCUCCUGUGAGAGCGUGGACUCCAGCUCCGCUCCGGCUCCUUCCCAGCAGGCUCUGGGCCAGGCCUCGGCCUCUCAUCUCAGCUGGGUGUCCUGCGGUUCUCCUCCGGCCUCAGGGGUCCAGAUCCCCCCAGCUCACAGACCCAGGUCCAACUCCAGCUCCGGGCCGGGUCCGAGCAGGCCCAGUCCGCUCAGCCAGUCGGCCCCCAGCAGCUUCUGGCAGAUCCACUCAGAGCAUCUCUAUCAGGCCUGCAGCCCGGUCCAGGUAUCUGUGGCCCCCAGAAACCCCAGCUGCCAGGGUUGGACCCCCUCCGCCUCCGCCUCCGCCUCCACCUCCACCUCCACCUCCACCUCCGUCUCUGCCUCCGUCUCUGUGUCUGGCCACAGUAACACUCCAGUGGUGAAACCUCGCUUUCGGUCGGUCAGCGUCGGGGAGCAGUGGCUCCAGCAGAACAGGCUUCAGCCUAUAAGUGCAUCGCCCUCCCGCACUCACUGCUCCUUCAGGAAGGGUCGCGGGGAGGCCAAAAAGUGCCGCAAGGUGUACGGAGUGGAGCGCAAGGAUCAAUGGUGUACCGCCUGCCGCUGGAAAAAAGCCUGCCAACGCUUCCCCGACUAAAGACUGCUGUGUGAUGGAGAGAGAGCAUAAGAGAAGUGAAUGAAUGGAUGAGUGAUAAAAAGAGGAUAUAAAUUAGGGCUUGAGAGCCAUCGAAAAACAAAAACAGUUCUGUUUUUUACUUUCAGGCUACAUCCACACAAAUACAUUAUCGUUUUAAAAACACAAAACUUUUGCUACACUAUCUCCUAGCGUACACACAACUCUGGUGUUUUUAAAACCCAUAAAGCAGAGCUUCUGUAAAUGUUGCUGAACCUUCUUUAGUUCCAAAACAGUCCGGGCGGAAACAGUCUUUUCAAAGCAAUGAUGCAGACGUCAGCUUCAUGUUUGGGUCUUAUCAGUCACGACAUGUCCUUCCUCGAUUCGGCACGUUCGAUACGACAUUGCCGUAUGUGCUUUGCAACGACUCCCCAUCUAUGUUUUCUGCCUCCUUGACCGCCCUAUACUCAUGCGGUACUUUCAGUAACAGUUCAACCUCAUCGUCGGUCCAAGCAAAGACAUCUCUGGUCCUACUUUUCGCCAUUGCUGUUCUUCCUCGUUGUACUUUCUGUAACUAAACAACUAACCUCACAGUAGAGAAUCUGUUCCCUUGUUUACACCUGCACGCGCAUACUCAGUGUACAUGAAUGGUCACGUGAUAUAUACGUCUUCAGCCGCAUUAGCAUUGGUGGAGAUUAUUUCUGAAACGGUGCUAAAACGCUCGUGUGCAUGGAGAUGGUAUUAGUGUGGAUGUAGCCUCAGGCUUUUUGUUUCUUUCCUAAAGAAAUGCAAAAUGGAAUUUUCUGUAUCUUUGUAACUUGAUCCUGAAAACUGAAGUCUGUGAUGGUGCUAACUGUUGACUGACUUUGACCAUGUGACGUGCUAAGCCUACAAUACUCUCCUACUUCAUCCAAAGGUCGUAUAACUGCCCCUGUAGCUCCACUGUAUUAGACUGCUACUUGGCUGUUUUCCUUAUUCCAACCCUCUCUUCCAGUGGUUACACAGUGGUUAUGAUGUACAUUAUAUUGUGUGCUUUGAGUUACGUAUGAGUAUUUUAUACCUUCUUUUUUUUAACGUCUCGUUCCGCCCGUGUAUUGGGCAGAUUAUUUUUUGGAAUUUUCAUGUUUUUUGGCACUUUGUUGGAAUAUAAACUCACACGAAUAAGCUACAUUUGGUUCGACUGAACCAAGUUCCUGUUUCCUUCCUGCCCAUGUGUUGGCAUACGACCAGUGUUAAUGGUUUUAUUCUUGAAUCUGUGGAGUCAUGGCAGUGGGACGACUAGCAUUAGAGAAACAAGUUUGUAAUAGCAAUAAAAAAGAGAAAAGGCCUAUUGUCAAACACAAAUUAAAAAGCACUGAUCAUUUGAAAUGUUGUUU